AUGAUCCCUAUCGAGAUGAACCUUGCCAAUUCAACGAACGUAGCUUUCAAGAAGGCGGAAAGACAGACUAACGCACGAGAUAGACGAGAACUUCACCAAGGACCCAAUGUCCGUUGGGUGAACGUUCGAUUCUCGGAGCAUGAGGGCCACUUGACCGGGUAUAGACUCCUGCUCAAGAUGCGGUCUGCUAUCCAGAACCAUGAGGCUACUACUACCACAACGCCGCAGUGCGCUGAUGAACCUUUUUGGGUCUCCAUUAAGGUGGUUGGGCCUGUGGAAAACCAACGGGGACGUUAUGGAGGCUUCGCGACACGGGAGGCAGUAUUGAGCGCGGCCAAGGAUGUCGUUGUAGAGUGGCUGGGCCGUGUGCGUGAUGAGGGACUGCCUUUUGAGAAGGAUGUUGUCUUUCGCAGGGCUCACGGUCGUAACUCGGCUCCGCGACUUUAUGCUCUUUCAGAGUCUUCGCGAAACGCUGCGCACUGA